AUGGACGUCGAGGACGGAUUCGAGGCGUUCAUGGAUCACAUAGUCGUUUCGGAUAGCGUACCGCUGGCGAUAUCGCGAGAGAUCAUAGCACAAGUGUCGAAAACUUUCAUAAAUUUAGAUGCGACGACGCAUAAGAGAUUGGCGGCGGCGGUGUUGGCGAAGACGCAACCGCGACUGGUAUCGUUUGAGGAGAGUGUGUGGCCGGUGCGUGAGGCGUUGGCGAGACGGUUAGCUGAGGCAAAGAAUUGGUCCGAGGCCGCUGACGUGCUGGCGGGAAUCGAAGUGCAACCCUCAAGUGCGGGUUCGGGUGAGUACAAGCUCAAGAUAACGCUUGAAACCGCGAACAUGUACUUGGAAGCGAAUGAAUUGGACAAGGCAGAGAAGCACGUAAACAAGACGCACGCGUUGCUCUCGCAGCUGCCGGCUGAGCUUCAAAAAAAGCCCGAGCUGCUGCAUGAAUACCAUGCGUGCUGGGCAAAAGUUUCUGAUAGAGUGGGCAAGUUUAUGGAUGCUGCGUUGCGCUAUACCGAAAUGUCUCGACUAGAAAAUCAAAGCGACGCAGGAACGAUGACGCGCGCAGUUGUGUGUGCGAUUCUUUCCUCCUCUGUUCAGAGAGAUCGUUUGCUUCGUUCGUUUCGGCUAGAUACGAACGUGAGAGAAUUACCCGUUUACCCGUUUCUUGAGAAGAUUGAAUUCAGACGCAUCAUCAGAGCAGAUGAAGCGAAAGAAUUCCAGACCUUCCUAAGUCCGCAUCAUGUCGAAGUUCGCGCCGACGGCGUGUCUGCGUUUGAGCAGGCUAUUAUGGAACACAAUUUAGAGAGCAUGAAGUAUGCAUACGAGAACAUAAGUUUCGAUCAUCUUGGGGAAAUUUUGGGUGUGAGUGAUGCUGAGGCAGAGAAGUUGGCGGCGAAGUUGAUCUACGAUCAGCGUGUGCAAGGAUACAUAGACCAAGUUGAUCGUUUUGUGUACUUUGACAACGUGUCGCCGUCUCACGACGAUCCCGUCUCUGUCUGGAAUGCAAACGUAAUAAGCGUGUCGCACACACUCAACGAAGUAGUUGAGACGAUAACAAAAUUAGUCGAACGAUAG